AUGCUGAAGGUUAAGCUACUCAGGUUUGGGGGAUACGGGGCCUCCCCCGCCUUACGCCCCGCCUUGUCCGACCUGAGGAGGAAGGCUUCCAACUCCUGGUCCGCUGUUCAAGACGUUUACCUCUCCACAAAGGUUUGUUCGCCGCGUCGCCUCUUGUUUUCUAUAAUGGAUCUCUUGAUUAUGCACGAAUUUUCGUCUUUCUCGUUAGUGACGCAGGUACGGCUCUCUAUGUAUUUGAUUAUGGAUCCGGGGGGACGUUGUUGGUCACCUUGUAGGGAUUAUUCGAUGGAUAUCGUUUUCGUUUGAUCGCUUUAUUCUAUUCUUUCUCCGUAUGUGCCGUUUUCUUUUUCGUUGAUUAGGUACCGUUUUAUUCUAUGUUUUCAGGAAAUCUUCGAGAGGCAUCGGGUCGUGUUCACAAUCUCAACGUCGGUGGCAUCUCUUGCUACUGCAUGGGCAGGUGGUAUUUGAGUCGGCGACUCUCUCAUUCCUCUCCUUCGUGAUCACAAUGGAAUGCAAUUGGUAGCUGCUUUGUCCGUGCGAGCAUUUAUCUUGCUCGCUGUAUUUCAACUCCAUUAUGUCCUUUCCUCGUGGCAGUCGAUUUGAGUGAUCGUUAGGAUUCGUGAGAUGGUUGCUGAAUGAGUUUCAUUUCUUGCUGAAUGGGUUUGAUUAUGUCCACAUUAUCAAAUAAUUUCGGUGCAGGGGAUAAUCCAUAUCAACUCUCCUGCAAGGACUCGUAGGAAUUUAUCCUUGAGUUCAUGUAUGAAACUCAUUUUAUUAGACCUUUUUUCUUUACAGAAUCGUUUCAAUUAAAUUCUGUGUUAAUAAACGCCUUAUGGAAGAUAAUUUAUCAUCUCUACAUCAAUUACUUCUCGUUUUCUUGUCACCAAAUUUCUCGUUUAAGUCUAAAGAAAGGGUUUAUGUUUUCUCCUCACUUGCCAGAUCAUAAAUUAUAAUGCUAAGAAUAUAAAAAAAGCACACAUUUCCCCUGAUCUGUCAAGGUAGUUUAUUAAGAACAGGCAUAAGCUCGAAUAACAUGCUCUUCCUAUGUUACAAACAUUUUAUGCACUUAUAAUUGAAGACAAUCUCCUAUUCCCAUUCCUCUAGACCAGCUUGUUACAAACACCUCAGCAGCGAUGGUGUGUACUGUGCUUUUAUGAAUUGGUUGCAGUUUCCUCUUAUUCCUCUCCCUCAAAGAGUUCAUGGGAUAUCUGGUAAGAAAGCUUCACCAAUCGAAAUAAGAGGUCAUAGGACAUUGAGUUCUUUUCUCGUUUUCAAUUUUGCAAAAUUCAGCAAGAUAUGAUUAAUCAUUAACUUGACUUUGGAUGGUACUAUAAAGGAUCUCUCUGGAUAUAAUAAUUUCACAUCCCACAAAGAAGUUGUAAGUUGCCAUCUUUUUUUCAAACCACAGAAUACAGUCUUGUUUCAUGUUAGACUUGAAAAUUUGAACUUUUAUUCAAUCGGGAAGCCUUUUCUUGUCACAUUGCAAGCAAAAGGAAUGGGCUUUUUAAAGUUGGAUUUUUCGGAAUCAUUCCCUCCUUAGUACUUAAUUAGUACUUCUUCUCUGGUGAACUUUAUUUGUGAUUCAGUUUACCUGAGAACACAAAUACAGCGGUCCAAAAAAUUUCUUAUGUUUCGCAGAAUUGUCAUCUUAAAGUAAAAGAGCCUUUUAAAUGGCCUAAUAUAGUUAUUUUUUGAUCAGUGCCGUUUAUUAUGGAGUACUUUAUCAACAAGAGAAUACAUUUUUUGACAUAACUCUAAUAAUUGUCAAUCUGCAUAUCUCCAAGAGACUUUUGUUGAAGGCCUAAAGAGUUGACAAGUUCAUUAAGCCAUUGAUAUGUGGAUUAUUAUAAGAAAUUUUGGAAUAAUAAUGGGGCUUCUUCUAGCUAUGAACCUGUGUGUUAUUCAUCAUUUAGUUGGUUUACUUUAUUAUUGAUGUUUUUUCGUAAGGCAUUUUUAUGAUUUCAUCAUGGGUAAUAAAAAUACUCUUAAAUUUUUAAUUUCUAUGAUGCUUUCGAAGAGAGCCAUAUAGUGGAAGUUUUCUAGAACAUAUGUUAUCGUCUAAUGCUUUUCCAUUACUAUUUUCGUAAUAGAAAGAGAACCCAAUCCUAUAUUCCCUCCUCUUGAAUAAGCCAAUUCGGUCAAUUGACUUAUGUGGGUUGGGCAACUAAUCCUGUAAUGCUGUCUCAUGAUCCUUGGCUGGAAUCUAAAUUUGUGUAGGGGGAGACCUUUUUUCGUUUCACAUUCUGCACAUUCAUUAACUGGACAUUCUGCUCUGAUUCUCUUGAUUUUCUUAUGGUGUAGGCUAUUCAUUACGAUACUACCAUCAAGUAAAUGUAGAAAAGAGACUUGAAUCAAUUGAACAAACUGUGAGUGCAGCAAUUACUAAACGUUUUUUGUGAGGAAAAUGUUGGGUUUUAUUUGGCUUACAUACUUUCUUUGCAGAUUUUUGUUCAUUUUUUGUUGUAUAUGCUUUCAGAUUAUAUCAUUAAUCCCGAAUGUUCUUCACUCAUUGCAGCAAUGUAGAAGUCCAUUUGGACUUGAUAACUUAGCCUAAAUAUUUGGUAGUAAUUUUUUCUCUAAGCCUCAAUAGUCAUUUCAAAGUUUAUUGAGAGCGAUUCUACAUGCUUCUAUCUCAAUAGUAUAAUAAUAUGACAUUGCUUCCUUUUUGCCCCAAUUUUCUGGUGUUUAAGUUUUCAUGGUAAUCUGGUGUUUUAUACAAGAAGUCAUGAGACAUGUAGGAAUCUCAUAAAAAAGCUCACAUAUUAAACUAUGUUGAAUGGAGUACUUCAGAAAAUUUAUCUCAAUUGUCACUGGUUGUGUUUCAUCCUUCCGUUUUGUUAAUAGGUUGCUAGUAUGAACCUCUUGGUUGGUCAGUUAGUUAAUGGAUUUAGUUGUUCCACUUAUUAUUUUAAAAUACUAGGUUCCUUUUUGUUCAAUUUUCAAUGUUAUGUUUCCAUCUGUAAUAGAAAUAAUAGAGUUAGCAUACUAUUCUUCGCUGAAAAAUAUUCCUUUUUGGUCAGAUCUCCAUGGUAUUUAUGGCAGUUUCUCCAUUUUCUUAACGACGAGAAGAUUCACCAUAUUCCUCCUCUCUUCCCUCCCUUCUUUUUGCUAUAUUCUCAAAUCUUUCUAAGCUGUCCCAGGAACGUUGCAUGAAGAUUGGGUAGUAGAUGUUGCAUUGGACGUCCAUAGAAAUUCAAAAACUCAGAUCUGGACCCAUCUGAGGGAAUGAAAACUCAUAACUUUGGGGCACUGAUGUCACAAAACCCAUUUUAGGUAUAGCGUAACAUACCUUAAUAUAUCCCACUGUGUUAGCGGCCUUAUUGUUUGAAUGGUUGCAAGUCAGAUUUUCUUCAUGUUUUUACAAAAACAGAUUGAUAUAAGAACGGGAAAUAAAUUGCAUCGUGAUAAACAUUAUUUUUUCACGUACUAGCAUUUUUUGUAGUAAUGUCAACAAAUUAAUGCCUGGUUAAUCUAUUUACAUUAAGUUCCAUCAGACUCUUUUCAUAACAUAAUUUGUGGUGUUCAUUGUUCAACUAGGAUUUGCUGUGUGACUAGAAGACAAUGUGAGACUCCUUGAUUCUGCUGGAAGGCAUAAUGAUGCAUGUUUUGUAAAAGAUAAUUUCAUUGCCAUGAGUGAAGAUUAUGAAGUAAUGAUGGUAACUGUUAAGAAACACAGACGGGAGGUUUUUACUCCGUCACGGAGGACGGGAGGAACGGUGGAUACUGCCUCAACCCAUCAUUGACCUCUCACACCCCUUGAAAGGAAGUAAACCGUACAGACUCUUUCCCAGAAUACUCUCAAUGUUUUACAAUAUUCCUGUUAGAACUUCCAACAGUAUCGAACUCAACAAUUGCAACAUUGCUGGUAGAUCAGAUUGAUUAUGUGAUCAAUGGCAUGCCAAUUGGGGGAGUGUCAUUCUGCAUAUUUUGGCAAUAUUAUUUGAUCCUUUUUAAAAACCAUCAAUAUUUUUUGCCUAAUGUCACCUCGUGUUGGAGUAAAUACUAUAGUUGAUUGCAAUGUCAAAUGUGAAGCUACUGAUUCACAUUUGGACUUUAUUUCUUCUUUUCUUCUUGUAUUAGGAAAAUCUGAUGUCCACUGUCCUGCUGCAAUGUGUAUGCUGUGUCAGUUCCUAUUUCAUAUCUUUGUUCCCACUUACUCCCUAUUACACGCUAUUCAUUCCUGUCUUCGUGUUAUGAUCAUUUCGAUAUUGUCUACCUUUACAUGGAAAAUAAAAUACCCCUAUUUUCGCAGUCACGUUUGUAGGUUUUGUUUUAUCUGCGUACGUGAUCGUUCAGACACUUGGCCAGCAUAUCUGGCAAUUUUAUAAAUUGCAGUAUGUAUCCGUGCAAUCAGGAUUAUUUUUGUCUUGGGUUAACCCAUAAGUUUUUGUCACACAUCCAGGUUGAAGGAUUUACAUACAUCUAAAAUUGGAUGUAAUAAAUCCUAGAUUUUUUUACAACAAACUCCUAGUUCUUUCAAUAGGAAUUCUAGAAAGAACGAAGAAAAUUUGGCAGAAGGAAAAAGAUAGUGGAUGGGGUGCCUAACUUUAUUUUCAGUCAUUCGAAUUCCUUCUCCCUAGUUCUUUUGAUUGUUCGAGGAGAUGUCAUCUUUGUACAAUUCUUAGAUGACUGUUGAACUUUUUAAUUCAUUGGAUAUCAGUUGUCAUAUGGAAGGCUAAUGGGUGAAGCAUCUUCCUGAUUUGUAUGGCAUUUUUUUUUAAUCCUUCACUUUGGUCCCCGUUACAAAGUUAAAUUAGCGAUUUUUUUCGCUUUGUAACUGAUAGAAAGUUAUGUAGUUGCCCAUUUUUAUGUGCAUGUUAUCAGAAACCUGUGAAAGAAUUAAAUGGAACGGAGAGCAUUAUAAUUAUUUAAGAGAAAUCUCGAAUCCUUCUUUUCAGUCUAAAUAAGUUUGGAAAUGAGGUACCACAUCCUUUAGCAGCCUUACAAAGCUUGGAAAUAAGUUCAUCAUACAUUCCUUAGAUGGUGCCUUCUUUCGUCAACAGGUUUCUGCUGUAGCCCUUUUUUGUUUAUAUUAUUUCUUCGUCUUUGUCUUCAUCUAUAUAUUUCGUCAACCAUGUCUUUUAGUUUUGGAACCUUUUGUCUAAUCUUUGGGGAAAAUGUUUACUUUUGUUUCUUCAAUUCCAAUAAUGAUACUCAGUAUUUGUUUACUAUUAAGGAUGCUCUUAAGAUUUUGAAUAUAGUAAUGUUGCUAUUUUUACUUACGGCUCUAUCUUUUCAAUUUUUUGUAUUUAUCAUCUAAAAUUUUAUCUGUGGAUGAAUUUCUCCUUGGACAGAUGAAAAGCAGUACUGACGUAAGGCAUGAAGAGAUAAGAAAGAUUGUUAGUUCUGGGGGUGUUAGCAUGGCGACUUGUCUUGCUACUGGAUGGACUUCUUUGAUAAUUGGGUUAGCUCUUGGUUUCUUAAACCUGUUUGUACCUCUAGCCUGGUUUUGUCUAUUCUAUAUCUUUUCUAUGAUAUAAUGUGUUGGCUAUGUGUUAACUUCUGUCAUAUCUCCCUCUCUGUGGUCGUAUCUGAACUAAAGGUUUCUAAACUUGGGUGUUUGAAGGAAAAUCCGCCUUUGUUUAUUUCCAUGUACCUUUGCUAUUUAUGGGGAUGGAGUAAAUUCUUAUUUUCUGAUCCUAAAUUGCAUUAAUUAAGUACGACAGUUUCUGUUUAUAUGAUUAUACUUUGAACUUAUAUUUUUGUCUUCAAAGAAUCAGGACAUGCUAACUCAGGUGAAAUAACUCGGAAAGGGGAAAGGAAUACGAUUGUCAGGACAGACUACACCAUUCCAUAUUGAGCUGGAAGAUCGGACGAAUCUCCUUAGCAAUGGUGGGCUGUGAUAAAGAUACAUGUGUUCGAGGUUAAUGAGUGCCAUAAGAUUCUGAUACAGGUCAAAAAUAAUAAUUGUCUGUUUUGGGGUCUGCUCACUAAAAAUUUUGAUGCCACGCUGAGCAUGAUUAGAGCUGACGGAUAUUGGUUUCUGAGUUAUUAGUUUCUCUCUUUCAACGCAGAUUUUUUGGAUGGAUUUGUGGGUAAAGGAUGCGGAGAUUGUUUACCCAUUUCAUCUGGAAAUGGUUUUUGCUUUCUGUUGACAUAUGGCUUCCUCUGUUGGUUAGAGAUGUCAUCAGAUCUGCCUGUGGGCGUAAUAAUUGGUUUCUAAUUAUGUCAUGUUUCUGCAUAGAUAUAUGGGCAUUUCUUGUGGUAUUAACAGAUACUUUUUGGGUCCAAGCUCUUAUUUGUCUUCUUUCUUCAAUGUUCUCGGCAUGGGUCGUGGCACCAUUCUGAAUAUACGGCUGUUGGUUUCUACAACGAUUGUGCUGCAAUGGGAUUGUUCAUGCUGUCAAAUUGUCAAAGACUCGGCACCCAGUAGACCAUAUUCCUGCAUUUUUUUUGUUGUUUUGCAUUGCAGGUACAGUCUGGGGUGGCGAGGAGGGUCCUGGUUUGCACACCGGAAAUUUCGACGAGCGCAGUUGAAGUUGAUGGAGCAGAACAAACCAGGCCAAUGGCAACUCCUGAAGAAGUCGCUGGGAUCACUGAGGAUGCUGAGGAGGGCGGCUUCUGAAAAGGGAGCUUCUGCUGCUGUCGCCACAAGAAAGAAAGCCGGCCCUGCAGGCACAGUUUCCUGCUCAUCGGCAGGUUAG